AUGGCAGCCAUGGGGAGUCUCUUUCGGUCAGAGGAGAUGUCCCUAAUCCAGCUAUAUAUCCCACUGGAAAUAGCUCAACCUACUGUCGCUGAAUUGGGUGAAGUUGGUCUGGUCGAAUUCAGAGAUCUCAAUCCAGAUGUAAACGCAUUCCAAAGGGCAUUCGUCAAUGAAAUCAGAAGAUUGGAUGAAAUGGAGAGGAAAUUACGAUUCCUACAAACACAAAUCGAAAAGGCUACACUCCCCAUACGUCCAUUCACUGGUAGCAUGUACUAUGCCAGGUCUCGCACACAACAGGAAAUCGAUGAAUUGGAUGAACGACUAGUUGAACAUGAAGCUCGGGUCUUGCAAAUGAAUAAUUCGUUGGAGACGCUUAACAAGAGGUAUCUUGAGUUGACGGAAUUGAGACAUGUGUUGCGGGAGACUGCAAUUUUCUUUGAGGAGGCUGAAUCACAUACGAACGACAUCAUUGCUGGAUCAACUGCUGAAGAUGCAGGUCUCUUGGCACCUGGAUCCACGUUUGUAAGAGAUUCCACUGAUGAUGCUAUCGAGCGUGGAGAACCAAUGAUAAGAACAGUCAAUCUUGGCUUUGUAGCAGGCGUCAUACCACGAGCACGCAUGAACACCUUUGAACGCAUCUUAUGGCGAGCUCUCCGUGGUAACCUAUACAUGAACUAUGCCGAAAUCGACGAACCCAUCACCGACCCAAUCACUGAUGAAGUCGUUACCAAGAAUGUAUUCAUCAUAUUCGCGCAUGGUAAAGAGAUACUGGCCAAGAUUCGAAAGAUUUGUGAAUCUUUGGGUGCUACUUUAUACCCUGUUGAUGAUUCGUCGGAUAAGCGGCGUCAAGAUGCACUGGAAGUUAUUGCUCGUAUUGAGGAUGUCAAGCAUGUCUUGGACACAACCAGAAACACACGUAGAACUGAACUCUCAAAGGUCGCUGAGAGUUUAGAAGCGUGGACGACAGUCGUCAAGAAGGAAAAGGCCAUUUAUUAUACCAUGAACAUGUUCAAUUAUGACGUGAAUCGAAAGGCAUUGAUCGCUGAAGGUUGGGCUCCAUCAGCCAACUUGACUUCUAUUCAGUAUGCGUUACGUACUGUUAUGGAACGAACAAGCUCAACAAUCCCACCUCUCCUGAACGAGCUACGCACCACAAAGACACCACCAACCUUCCAUCGCACCAAUAAAUUCACAGUAGGCUUCCAAGAACUCGUAGAUGCGUAUGGUAUUGCUACAUAUCGUGAAGUCAAUCCAGCACUAUUUACUAUAAUCAGUUUCCCAUUCUUGUUUGCCAUCAUGUUUGGUGAUUUUGGACAUGGAAUUAUCAUGUUGGCUUUUGCUACUUGGAUGGUCUUGUAUGAGAAGUCGUUAGAGAAGGUUAAGGAGGAGAUCUUUUCAAUGUUCUUCGGCGGUCGAUAUAUUAUCUUGCUCAUGGGCUGUUUCUCCAUUUACACUGGUCUAGUAUAUAACGACGCAUUCUCGAAACCUCUGGAUUUGUUUUAUACUGGAUAUGGAUUUGAGAAGGAACCGGGAAUUGAAAAAUGGAUUGGAUUCAAAAGGUGGACAUAUGCUUUUGGUGUUGAUCCGGCUUGGGCUACUGCCGAUAAUGUACUCUUGUUUUCGAACUCUUACAAGAUGAAGAUGGCGGUGUUGCUAGGUGUCAUUCAUAUGACAUUUGGUAUCAUUUUAUCUGCUUACAAUGCCAAAUUCUUCCACCGACCACUCGAUCUGUAUGGAGUCGUUCUUCCUCAAAUCAUCUUCAUGAUGAGCAUCUUCGGAUACUUGGCAUUCUUGAUUGUCUUCAAAUGGUGCAACAACUGGGAUGGACUCCCUGCUCCUGGUUUGCUCAAUACCUUGAUUUAUAUGUUUUUGAGUCCUGGAACUGUGAAGCCUGAUGAUCAACUGUUUCCUGGACAGGCUGGUAUACAAUCUCUACUCGUACUACUAGCCAUGAUCAGCAUACCAUGGAUGCUCCUCGUCAAACCCCUAACGCUACGAGCCGAGCACAACAAGGUCAUAGCCCAAGGCUAUGCCAACUUGGACCAUACAACUGGUGGUGUUGGGGAACGACCUUCUGAAGACUUACCACGAAACAGCUCAACAACUGGAUCACCACAUGAUACUGAUACAUUCCACGCAUCACCUUCUGGAGCAUCGAAUGGCGGUGGAGCUGGUCAUGCCGAGAUGCAUCAUGAAGAGGUACAUGCACAUGGCGACCAAUUCGAGUUUGGAGAAGUGUUUAUUCAUCAGAUGAUUCAUACUAUUGAAUUCUGUCUUGGUGGAAUAUCAAACACGGCCAGUUACUUGCGUCUAUGGGCCCUCUCACUUGCACAUGCUCAGCUAUCUGAGGUGUUAUGGGAAAUGGUGUUGGCAAACUCAUUUGACUUGGAACUACCAACAUUUGUAUGGGCCAUUGCUAUUGUUGUUUCUUUCACCAUCUGGUUCCAAAUGACUAUUGCGAUUCUUGUGUUGAUGGAAGGAUUGUCGGCUUUCUUGCAUGCACUGAGAUUGCACUGGGUCGAGUUCCAAAACAAGUUCUAUGGUGGAGAAGGUAGAAAGUUCGAUGCCUUCUCGUUUGCCAAGAUACUGGCCGAGUCGAAUCAGUGA